GGCGGGAUAAUUUUACCGGCAAACUUUAUAAACACGAUUUCCUUGAGGUAUCAAAGAGAUCGUACAAUCCCUGAACAUCCGUGACGUGCUAGGUCAUGGGUCACGGGUCAUAUGACUACAGCGGUGUGUCGUAGUGCAUGCGAGCACGGUCUCGUGCACUGGGCAAAACAACAACACUGCGUGGGUAGGCAAUGGAAGAUGGCUAGGCUUCUCGCCGUUUUCCGGGGAUCUUGUCUUUUCCAGUCUACACAACGACUCCCAAGCAUUGAGAAAAAUGUACAGCAACUACUGAGAUUCAAAACUACAAGCAAUGAGACCGUCUCACCUCAUGGCUACUUUAUUUUCCGUCCUUUUGCGUGGUACAACGAGCGUCUUACAAAGCGACCUCUGCUAACGAAGGCCUUCACCGCUGGAGUUUUGUACUCUGUUGGAGAUGUCAUUGCACAAAGGGUAUCAUUACGAGAUGCUCCCUUGGAUAGACCUCGUAUGUUACGAGCUGCAAUUUAUGGGACAUUUAUUGUUGCACCAUUAGCGCACCUUCAUUUUAAUUUCCUAAACUGGCUGGUUGUGGAAAAGUUGGCUGUCCGGACACUCUUGGUACCAUUUGUCAAAGUUUAUUUCGACCAGUUUGUCUAUUGGGCACCUUCUAUUGUUGCUAUCUACCAUUUAAGCAUGGGUUUCAUGGAAGGGUUAUCACCAUCUGAGUGUAUCGAGAGAUUCAAGGCUCUUUACUGGCGGUCCUUGAAAGCUAACUGGAUGAUAUGGGCUCCCAUGAUGAUUGUUAACUUCUCGUUCAUUCCCGUCGCACAUCAGCUUAACUUUUGCCUCAUUGUCGGUAUGAUGUGGGCUACUGUAAUCAGCUACAUCAGAGGGAGAGGAGUAAGGAUCAAACGUCACUACCCCUCUACCCGUCCCGCCGAUCCCGAAACCAUCCCGCGACGUUCCGAGGGGAAGGCUGAUGCUUUCAUUUUAGUGGCCUCCACGGUAGCCCCUACUACCAAGCCAAUGAGGGAAAUCAAGGAGAUUGUCCCAAUUACUGAAGUUAUCUACCCUAGGAAGUAAAUCCCAAUAGUCGUAGAGAUCUUUAUAGAUGUGGGAAAGAAGGGCCUCGAUAAAAGAUAUUAUAAAACGGGAUGUUAUUUUUGCAAGCAAAAACUACAGUGGUACCUUCACCGGAACAAUUGUCCGCUUAAUGAAGAUUGACCGCUGAGUAGGUGGUUGCCUAAUGGAAGAUGGCCACCUCUCGAUUGAAUGAUCGUAAAUUAUCGUAAAAGUUUUAUAGUUCUUUAUGAUCGUUACGAUGUGCCAGGGGCUCAUCGGGCCAAUGAAGCUAAUAGAUAAUAUGCAUAUAAUGUCUCUAUAUAAUUGUAGAUAUUGUUCCGAAACCGGUUCAAGCAUUCGAGAGAGAUAUAGAUGUCACAUUCCUUGCAAGCACCGUCUUGUACUAAAAAUGACCUUGUACUAUAUUCCACAGUCUGCAAAAACGAAAUGUACUUACUGUAAAUAAAGACUUUAGAAUUCGA